CUUUCAUGCAGCAUCAUAUAUGCCUCAGUCUAAGGAUCAGAAUGGAAACUUCCCUGAGAAGAACAUGGACAGGCAAGUGGCCAAAUGUCUUAAGGCUCUGAGCACAGAGGAAGUCUGCCAUUGGUUUACCAGUAUUGGACUGCAGAAAUGUCUUCCUUUCAUCAGAGAGGUAAAACUGUGUGGAGCAGACAUAGCUUCUGUGGAUGUGAACACUCUAGACAUCCUCCAUAUCGCCACGCUGGAAGAUAGGGAGCAGCUACUGUCGGCCAUUUAUAAUGAGCUGCACCCUCCCAGCACCAGCACCCAGAGACUCAACUCUCUGCUCGAAUCCUUGGGCCCUAACAAUGUUGAGACAUUCACUGCAACAUUAGUGUCAAUGAGCAAAUCUAAGUCGGCUCCUCAUGUGAGCUGCCUGAGCAUGAAUCGGCGUUCCCUCAAGCUCAGAAACAACAGCCCAAACUACACGACACAGAGGAAUUCUCAACUGAUAGAGAUUACUAUUAAUGCAUCAGAGCGGAUAGUUCAUCUCAGAACCCCAAAGGAAACAACAGUGGCAAAAAUCAUGGAUUCAUGCAUCAAAAUGUUGGGAGUGACAGAAGAUAAGAGCCUCUUCAUACUGAAAGAAAAGAAAGGUUCAUCAGAGGAGCUUGCACCCGAUCAGCAGAUUGGGAGCCUACUGACAUCAGAGAACAGACAAUUGGAGCUGCACUUGUGUAAAACGGACAAGUCAUCAGGUACUGCUUCACAAAAUGAUCCAGAAGUCAACAGCUCUAAUGAGAACAGCAACAUCAACAAAAAUGUCCAGGUGAACCAGCCAGCUAAGGAAGAGAGGAUCAGGGAGCUAAACCAACAGGUGGACUCGCUACAAAAUGUCAUCCUGCAGGUCCAGGAGCUCCACCACGGCCUGGUAGCGUUUUGCUCAGAGAUAAAGAACAUGGAUGGAGAUGUGGAUGUAGACGAACUGGGCUCUGCUGAGCUGAAGCAGAGGCUGGAGUCGGUUAAAAGCCGACUGGAUGACAAGAGGCAGAGCCUGCAGACCCUCAGAGACAACAUUAACAACGCCACUGCUCACAGGAAGAAACAGUUGGACGUUCGUCUCUUGGAAAAGAUGAAACUGAACUGCCAAGUGUUCAAGGAGGAAAUUUCCAUGGUGCAUCUCAACCGGCAGGUGGCUCACCUCCAAAAUGCUUUGCAAGAAAGCUAUGUUAAGGAGAAAGCUCGGAAAAAGAGUCUGGCCAUUGGUAGCCUGAGCCAGCUGGUGUCACCGCAGUCUCCCGCCAUGCUGCUGGUUGUACAGGAGAACCACAAUCGUGAUGGCCAUUAUGGCUUCACGUGGCGCUACAGAGAAGGCAGCGGACUAGUGGUGGUCAAAGUGGACAACUCUCACCUGUGUGUGGAAGACAGACUGGUGGAGGUGAACGGUGUGCCGGUGGUCGACUCCACACAGGAAGAGCUGACUGACAUCCUGCUGCAGGGACCCAGCGCUAAAAUUGUUGUCCUUCGUCAGCCCCCGCCAACCCCCACCUCCCAGCAGCACCCUCUGGUCCUGCAGCGCAUCGUCAACCCCGAUCCCAUGCAAACAAUCUGCCCAGAAAGGGAUGUGGUCACCAUGGAAACCCCUGCGCGACGGAAGGUGAUGGCCAUCUGA